GCGGAGCUGGCAGCAUUUGACUCUGGCUUGGGACGCGAAGAGAGUCGCUCAGCGAAAGCCCGACUGACUGGCGAUGGUCUGAGCGCCCCUCGGCCACCCCCUCCCCCGAGACGCGACCCGGCCCUCCCCUCGCCUUGUGGACACACACACACGCAGCCUGGUCUCCUCCGACUUCUCAGAGCUCCUCUCCACUUCGGCGCUCCUCGGCGGAGGCCAGCCCGGAGGAGGUGCGGCGCCCGCCAGCAUGAGUGGCUCCUUCGAUCGCAAACUCAGCAGCAUCCUCACAGAUAUCUCCAGCUCGCUUAGCUGCCAUGCGGGCUCCAAGGACUCGCCCACCCUGCCCGAGUCUUCCGUCACGGACCUGGGCUACUACAGCGCUCCCCAGCACGACUACUACUCAGGCCAGCCUUAUGGCCAGACCGUGAACCCCUACACUUACCACCACCAGUUCAAUCUCAAUGGGCUCGCGGGCACUGGCGCUUACUCGCCCAAGUCGGAAUAUACCUAUGGAACCUCCUACCGGCAAUACGGACCGUACCGGGAGCAGCCGCUGCCUGCCCAGGACCCAGUGUCGGUGAAAGAGGAGCCCGAAGCCGAGGUGCGCAUGGUGAACGGGAAGCCCAAGAAGGUCCGAAAGCCGCGCACCAUCUACUCCAGCUACCAACUGGCCGCCCUGCAGCGUCGCUUCCAGAAGGCCCAGUACCUGGCGCUGCCCGAGCGCGCAGAGCUGGCCGCGCAGCUGGGCCUCACGCAGACACAGGUGAAAAUCUGGUUCCAGAACCGUCGAUCCAAGUUCAAGAAGCUCUACAAGAAUGGGGAGGUGCCCCUCGAACACAGUCCCAACAACAGCGAUUCCAUGGCCUGCAACUCACCACCAUCGCCAGCCCUCUGGGACACCUCUUCCCACUCAGCUCCAGCCACUGCCCGCAGUCAGCUACCCCCACCGCUCCCAUAUAGUGCCUCCCCCAGCUACCUGGACGACCCUACCAACUCCUGGUACCACGCACAGAACCUGAGUGGACCCCACUUACAGCAGCAGCCGCCUCAGCCAGCCACCCUGCACCAUGCUUCCCCUGGGCCCCCGCCCAAUCCUGGGGCUGUGUACUGAACACCCAUCUGGCUUGCACCCCCACCGAAGGACCCCCGGGACCAGGCAGAAGGUGCCUCCGUCCUAGCCGACACUCAGGAAUCAUGGAGGAGCUAGGGGCAAAGCCCCUGUUUCCCCCGCCCCUUCUUCCAGGAAACAAGAACUUCCAGUGAAAUUUGCAUGGACCAAGGAUGUCCCCUGAACUUCCCUCUCCUGCUUAGAACUGGGAUACCCCUGCAGAUAUUGGGGCAUUCCACCCCUGGAGGGACUGUGGUUUCCCUUUUGCUCCUGGAGCCUGGAUUGGCUCUAAAUGGCUCAUCACCGCCACC